AUGUACGCUCGAAGCAUUUUGCACCCUGGUAAGCGAGAUCCAUCCAUACCCUGUCCCAACGUCCGCUUUUCCAGCGUGAGAGCCGCUGAGGCGGACGUAUACAUCCGUAAUCCACCUUCGAGGAUCAUACCGAUCAAACCUGUCGACAAGUUGCUCUGCAUCGGCAUUCCUAGUAUUAAUCGCACGACCGAGUCGUUCCUUUCCUCCACGAUCGCUACACUCUCCGAUACACUCACGCCAGAAGAGCGUGCAUCUAUCCGUAUCGUCGUAUUACUGGCAGAUAAAUCACCCUCGGAGCACUUUGCUUAUGGACAAGAUUGGCUAGAGCCGCUUGUUGAUGAGGUCCUAUUGUAUGGCGAGCCGCCUCUGGGAAGCACUAUAUAUCGUCGUAUACCCCUUGAUCUCAAGGAGGGGAAUAUCCGUGGCGAUGGCCGUGUCGAAAACAUGAGACUCGACCACUCAGCCCUAGUGGAAGCCUGCAGACAGCAAGAAUACCCAUACUUUGCGCUGGUGGAGGACGAUAUUGUUACCAUGCGCGACUGGUUUCCGCGAUUCAAGAAAGGGCUAACAUACGUCGAGCAAAAAACCAAAGACACUUCGAGAGAAUGGAUAUAUUUGCGAUUAUUUUACUCGGAGAUAUUAAUGGGAUGGAACAAUGAGGAAUGGCUGGCCUAUUCCAAAGUCAUUUGUUUGGUAUAUACCGCCGUUUUAAUUGUGUUUCUGGUGGGGCGUAAAUAUGUACGCAUCGGUGUUUCGACUGCCGUUACGCCACACACGCAGCGUUACCUGGCGGCCCUUAUUUUUGGUCUUUGGCUGCCAGCUCUCAUUGCUCUAUACUUCCUCUCCGGCCGUCUGUUCACUGGCAGAUUGAACCCAUUUAGCUUGAGCACAUUGCACGGAGCCAGGGAGAUGCCUCAUUACGGGUGCUGUGCUCAAGGACUUGUCCUUCCUCAGCGACAUCUGGAAGAUUUCCAGGCACUGCUGAGAGACCCUCCAUACAAUUUUCCGGGUGACAUGAUCUUGGAAGAUUAUGCCGAAGCUCGUGGACUUGUCAAAUGGGCACUAGAACCAAGUGUGUUCCAGCAUGUUGGAUUCAAGGAGUCUUCCGAUGGAACACGCAGAGCCGAGGUUUGGAACUUCGGAUUCGAACGGCAGUAUAAGAAAUAAUCAUGAGAACAUGCACGUGCAUCAGCGCAAGCGAUGAAAUUUAUAGUCUAAUACAUACAAUAAUUAUAAU